AAAUUAAAAUGCCGAGAACAAGUGAAAAGCAAAAACUUCUAAAAUUAUUAGAAGUAACAGCGCUAAAUGAUUUGAUGAUUCUGGAAUUCUUUUGUGAGGACGAAGAAGAGAAAAAAAACAAAGAAGAUGAAAUAUUGGAGGAACUUUCAAUUGUGUUGGCCCUAGGUGUAGAAUGCAGAUACAGUGUACCAUUUAUCCAAAAUAGCGUGCCUAAAUGUAAGGUAUUUUUAAAAGAAGUUUUAUGGGAACUUGAUGAAAGCAGAUUCAAGAAGAUUACUCGUAAGACUUGGAAAACGUUCGAUGUUAUUUUAAAUUUAAUAAAAGAAGAUGAACUUUUCCACCAACCCCGAUCGUGCAAGCAAUUUCCUCUUGAAACACAACUCGCAAUUGUAUUGUAUCGCUUAGGCUCAAGCGGUGAAGGAGCUACUCUCUCAAAAAUUGCUGGGUUGUUUGGAAUAAGUGAUGGUGGUAUCAUUCAGAAUUUAACUGAAAGAAUAUUUAAAGCGCUAUUAAAACACAAAGAUGAAUAUCUAUUUUGGCCAAAUACGGAUGAAAGAAAAAAGCUUGUGUCAGAAAUCUGGAAUGAAUUACCCAAAUGUGUGGGAUACGUUGAUGGCACUGAAAUAACAUUAGCGGAAAAACCUUCGCAAGACCCAGAAGCGUACUUUUCACGGAAGCACAUCUACUCUGUUAAAGCUCAAGCCGUGUGCGAUAAUAAACUGCAAAUACGACAUUUGGUGUUAGGCUAUCCAGGUAGCGUGCACGAUGCACGUAUAUUUAACAAUUGCAUGGCAAUGGCAUGA